AUGAUCACGGCGCUGGACCUGUACCACGUGCUGACGGCGGUGGUGCCGCUGUACGUAGCCAUGACGCUAGCCUACGGCUCCGUCCGCUGGUGGCGGAUCUUCACCCCCGACCAGUGCUCGGGGAUCAACCGCUUCGUGGCGCUCUUCGCCGUCCCGCUCCUCUCCUUCCACUUCAUCUCCACCAACAACCCCUUCACCAUGAACCUGCGCUUCCUCGUCGCCGACACGCUGCAGAAGCUCGCCGUCCUCUUCCUCCUCUUCCUCGCCUCCCGACUUUCCUCUUCUCACUUCCUCGGCCUCGACUGGAGCAUCACGCUCUUCUCCCUCUCCACGCUCCCCAACACGCUCGUCAUGGGCAUCCCGCUGCUCCGCGGCAUGUACGGCGGCGGAGCCGCGUCCUCGUCCUCCGCCUCCACCGACGCCGGCACGCUCAUGGUCCAGGUCGUCGUCCUCCAGUGCAUCAUCUGGUACACGCUCAUGCUCUUCCUCUUCGAGUACCGCGCCGCGCGCGCGCUCGUGCUCGACCAGUUCCCCGACGGCGCUGCCGCCUCCAUCGUCUCCUUCCGCGUCGACUCCGACGUCGUCUCGCUCGCCAGGGGCGAGAUCGAGCUCGAGGCCGACGCCGUCCCCGUCGCCGCCGGCGCCUCCUCGCGCGGCGGCGACACCGGACGGGUGCGGGUCACCGUGCGCAAAUCCACCAGCUCACGCUCCGAGGCCGCGUGCUCGCACUCCCACUCCCACUCGCAGUCCAUGCAGCCCCGGGUCUCCAACCUCUCCGGCGUCGAGAUCUACUCGCUGCAGUCGUCGCGCAACCCCACCCCGCGCGGCUCCAGCUUCAACCACGCCGACUUCUUCAACAUCGUCGGCGCCGGUGCCAAGGGAGGAGGAGCAGCGGCGGCGGGGGACGAGGAGAAGGGCGCCGGCGGGCACUCGCCGCAGCCGCAGGCCGUGGCCGUGGCGGCCAAGAGGAAGGACCUGCACAUGCUCGUCUGGAGCUCCAGCGCCUCCCCGGUCUCCGAGCGCGCCGCCGGCGCCGCCGUGCACGUCUUCGGGGCCGGGGCCGACGACCAUGCCGACGUCCUCGCCAAAGGAACCCAGGCUUACGACGAGUACGGGCGUGACGAUUUCAGCAGGACCAAGAACGGGAACGGCGCGGACAAGGGCGGGCCGACGCUGUCCAAGCUUGGGUCCAACUCCACGGCGCAGCUCUACCCCAAGGACGAUGGCGAGGGGAGGCCGGCGGCGGCGAUGCCGCCGGCGAGCGUGAUGACGAGGCUCAUCCUCAUCAUGGUCUGGAGGAAGCUGAUCAGGAACCCCAACACCUACUCCAGCCUCAUCGGCGUCAUCUGGUCCCUGGUCUCCUACAGGUGGGGCAUUCAGAUGCCGGCGAUCAUCGCCCGGUCGAUUUCGAUCUUGUCGGAUGCAGGGCUUGGGAUGGCCAUGUUCAGUCUAGGCUUGUUCAUGGCGUUGCAGCCAAGGAUCAUCGCUUGUGGCAACAAAUUCGCUGCGAUCGCGAUGGCUGUCCGCUUCCUUGCAGGUCCGGCAGUCAUGGCUGCCGCCUCCAUUGCUAUCGGGCUGCGUGGUGUUCUUCUCCACAUUGCCAUUGUUCAGGCUGCUCUACCUCAAGGAAUCGUGCCGUUUGUGUUUGCCAAGGAGUACAAUGUUCAUCCUGACAUACUGAGCACAGCUGUGAUCUUCGGGAUGCUCAUCGCUCUGCCCAUCACCCUGGUCUACUACAUCCUGCUGGGGCUCUGA